AAAAAAAUAACAUCGAUGACUUAGAAAAUUCGAAAAACAUCGUUGUAUCGAUGUUUUCAUCGAUGUUUUGUGCACCUCCACAGAAAAGGCAAGAAAAGCGUGAAAAGCGAACAGAAAGCGAAGCGGCCAAAACGGGAAAACGCGAAAGGCUAAUAGAGCGAAAGAAUCGGCGCCACACACAACACAACCCACCCGAGGAGAGGAGCGAGGAGCGAGGAGCAGAGCAGAGACCAGUGCCGAGAACAGAUCAUACCCACGCCAGCCGCCAUGUCCAAACGUCCGCGGCCAAUGCCCAUUUCCAUCUCCAAAGAACCAGAGCAGGCAAUUGUACCGCCGCGCAACCUGGACUCUAGGGCCACCAUCCAAAUUGGCGAUCAGACCUUUGACAUCGAUGCCGAUAGCCUGGAGAAGAUCUGCGAUUUGGGACGCGGCGCCUAUGGAAUUGUCGAGAAGAUGCGGCACCGGCAAACGGACACAGUGUUGGCGGUGAAGCGGAUACCCAUGACUGUCAACAUCCGGGAACAGCACCGCCUGGUCAUGGACCUGGACAUAUCGAUGCGUUCCAGCGACUGCCCCUACACGGUUCACUUCUAUGGGGCGAUGUAUCGCGAGGGCGAUGUCUGGAUCUGCAUGGAGGUGAUGAGCACGAGUUUGGACAAGUUCUAUCCAAAGGUCUUCCGCCACGAUCUGCGCAUGGAGGAGAGUGUCCUGGGCAAGAUUGCCAUGAGUGUGGUGAGUGCACUGCACUAUCUGCAUGCCCAGCUGAAGGUGAUCCAUCGGGAUGUCAAGCCCUCCAACAUACUGAUCAAUCGUGCCGGCCAGGUCAAGAUCUGUGACUUUGGCAUCUCAGGCUACCUCGUGGACUCCAUUGCCAAGACCAUAGAUGCCGGCUGCAAGCCGUACAUGGCCCCGGAACGCAUCGAUCCGCAGGGCAAUCCGGCGCAAUACGACAUCCGCUCGGAUGUGUGGUCGCUGGGCAUCAGCAUGAUUGAAAUGGCCACGGGCCGGUAUCCAUACGAUAACUGGCGGACGCCCUUUGAGCAGCUGCGACAGGUGGUCGAAGAUGAUCCGCCACGCUUGACGCCCGGCACCUUCUCGCCGGAGUUUGAGGACUAUAUAGCCGUUAGCCUGCAGAAGGAGUAUACGGCGAGGCCCAACUACGAGCAGCUGCUGCGGCAUAGCUUCAUUGUGGAGCAUCUGCAGCGCAACACGGACAUUUCAGAGUUCGUGGCCAGGAUACUGGACCUGCCCGACAACCAGCAACCGGCGCAGUAGGGUUUUUCAGCCCGUAUCCCAUGUAAAUUGCCGGCGUCUUCUUCUAAAAGCAUGCAUUUCGUACAUGUGCGUGUGUGUCCUCCCUACCUCCCCCUUUCCCCCUACCCUUCUAAAAAUAAUAACAAAAAGGAAAAUCAAAGGAAAAGCAAAAGAAAAUCUAGAAGAGCAUCGAGUUGGAAGCAAUGCGUAAUUAUUAAAUUUUAAGUGAGAACCAAAAGCAGAUGCAGAACAGCAAAAUACCUGAAGAAGCAACAUGCCACAUGCAACAUGCAACCUUUCGCCUUGCAAAACGCUCAAAAAUAAAAUAAACAAACCGAACGAACCGUCGUGCCUCCCCAGCUGGCGAUGCUGCUGAUGUCUUAAAAACAUAAAAAAGAAAAGGUUUAAACAUUUAAAUAAUUAAUUAUAUAUAUGAUAAAGAUGAAACGUGAAUAGCUUAGACAACGAAGCCAGCAAGCAAGCAAACAAUGAAUGUAAAAAUGCGCCCACUAAAAUCUAAUGGUAAAUUGUCAACCUUUUUGAACACCAAAAUAGCCGAACAGAAAGUGUAACUGUAAUUAUAAUUGUUUAACAAAUA